CUUGUUUUCUCAGAGCUUUAGACUUUUGUAUCUAAAGGCUUAACAAAAUCAAUUUGAAACUGUUAAAUGUGAUUUGUUGCUGGUACACAGUAUGAACUCUGAGGUUUGUGCAAGAGUUGUGUGUCUAAUAUCCAACAUGCAAAUGUAUGUUUUUCUGAUAACACACAUUAUGAAAACACAAGGGUCGACUCAUAACACAGACGGGUGAUGCUCGUACAGCACAGGAAUACCUCACCUCUUGUAAGUAAUCUGCUCCAAAAUGUCCAAUGAAGAAUCGUACACAUUUUCCCAGAAAUAACAAUUCCAGACUGCCAUAAAUAUGAAGACAAAAAAUAUUUUAUAGAAUAAUUCUAGACUUACAAUGUGACAGGUUUUUGGUGGUUGAGUAAUUGCCCUAACAAAUACUGUAAUACAAGUGAUACUAAUACAGGUGUUGUCUUCCAAAAUCUGUCAGGUGAUGCUGGGUGUCAUGGCCGCUAAGAAGUUGGAUCUAUCUAAGCUGACAGACGAGGAGGUCAGUCAUGUGUGGAAGGUCGUUCAGCGUGACUUCCACCUUAGGAAAAAAGAGGAAGACAGGCUGGGGGAUCUUAAGUCCAAGAUUUGGAAAGAGGACUCAAAGCGAGAGUUGUUGUGUCGUCAGACGUGCUUGAGCGAGUCUUACUGCAUCCGCUGCAUCAAACCCUUCAAGUUCCUCGUUAACAGCAAGCGUCGCUGUCUGGACUGUCAGCUGUUCGUCUGCAAAGCCUGCAGUCGCUGGAAUAAACGACAGCGUGGCUUUGUAUGUGAUCCCUGUCACAUGACCAGGGUCCUAAAGAUUGGAACGCUGGAAUGGUACUAUGAGAACGUGCAGGCACGCUUUAAGCACUUCGGCAGCGCUAACGUGAUGCGCUGUCUUUUCAAGAGGCUGAGUGGAAAACACACAUGCUCUUCUGAUGAAGAUGAAAAACUUGGUGACUACGACACACAGAGCAACCCUGAACUUCACACAGCAGUUGGAUAUGAAGAUGCUGGCAUGGAUGUCAUUGAUUCUCAACACUACCAUCAGAUGAAAAAAAACAGACGACGUCUGACUGUUAAUCCCAUUGAUAUCGGUGACCUUUGUGACGUCAAAUCAACACAAUCUAAUCAGGAUCAAAGUACAAGUGAAGACUUCAACGUGGAUGUUGGCUCUGAUGGUGGAUUGCCUUCACAACAAGAAGAUGCUGUGUACUCAGACCAGCCAAGUGUUGCAUCUCGCUCCACGUCACGCCUCAGCUGCUCUACAUGUGGAAGUGCAGGAGUUCUUCAGAACAGAACUUUCUACACUUUGGGUCCUGAUGACUACGAGUGCGACUUUGAUCUCAGACAGUCCGAUGCCGUCUACUCGUCUCAAGAAUUUAAGCACACCUCCCAGGACAGCCUCAACGACCCCAACCCUCACCCACCACAGAUGAAUGAGAUGGUCAGGCGCAUGUCAGCUGUUGAGAUGCUUUUGAAUCGCUUGCAGGUCACCUUGACAUUCCAUCAGACCAGUGAAACUUCUCAGGUUCCAGACCGAGCUUCUUCUCCUCACGAGUGGGAAGAGGUGGAAAUGGAGGAGCAUCAACUUCGACAAAAACUGAAUGAGAUGACGGGCGACAUCAGCGACCGUAGUUUGAGUUGUGAUGAGGACGAGGCCAAGCUGCAAGAGGAGGCAGCAGCACAGGAACACACAACUCUCACAUCUUCAAGGAGCCGCAUUGUGGUCUCCAACACUCAGAAGGUGUUCUAUCGGGUUCAGGUCAGGACUCCGUGCAGGCCAGUCAAGUUCAUCCACACCAGACUCUGUCAUCCAUGUCUUUAUGGACCUUGCUUUGUGCACUGGUGCACAGUCAUGUUGGAAGAGGAAGGGGCCCGCUCCAAACUGUUCCCACAAGGUUGGGAGCAUGGAAUUGUCUAAAAUGUUUUGGUAUCCUGGAGCAUUCAAUGUUCCUUUCACUGGAAGUAAGGGGCCAAGCCCAACUCCUGAAAAACAACCCCACACCAUAAUUGCUCCUCCACCAAAUGUCACACCCAGCACAAUGCAGUCCGAAAUGUACCGUUCUCCUGGCAACCUCCAAACCCAGACUCGUUCAUCAGAUUGCCAGAUGAAAAAGCGUGAUUCAUCACUCUAGAGAACGCUUCUCCACUGCUCUACAGUUCAGUGGCGACGUGCUUUACACCACUGCAUCCGACAGACGCUUUGCAUUGGACUUGGUGAUGUAUGGCUUAGAUUCAGCUGCUCGGCCAUGGAAACCCACAUGAGGGUCACAUGAAGUUUGGAGCUCUGUAGCAACUGACUGUGCAGAAAGUCGGCGACCUCUCUGCACUAUGCGCUUUAGCAUCCGCUGACCCCUCUCUGUCAGUUUACGUGCCCUACCACUUCGUGGCUGAGUUGCUGUUGUUCCCAAACUCUUCCAUUUUCUUAUAAUAAAGCUGAAAGUUGACUUUGGAAUAUUUAGGAGCGAGGAAAUUUCACGACUGGAAUUGUUGCACAUGUGGUAUCCUAUGACAGUUCCACCCUGGAAAUCACUGAGCUCCUGAGAGCGGCCCAUUCUUUCACAAAUGUUUGUAAGAAAUGUCUCUAUGCCUAAGUGCUUGAUUUUAUACACCUGUGGCCGGGCCAAGUGAUUAGACACCUGAUUCUGAUCAUUUAAAUGGGUGGCCAAAUACUUUUGGCAAUAAAAAGUGAAAAACUUAUUAAUGAAUUACAUUUAAAAGGUAGCUUGACAUUUUUAUGGAAUAUACUAUGUAUUUACACAUAUCUACUAAAUAUGUCACUUUUGCAUUUGCAGUACAUUAACAAAU